CGCAUUCAUUUUAUAUAUGGUCAUCGUUGACCAUUCAUCAUUCAUUAUUGAAAAAAUAUGAGCCAAGUUCAUCACCAAUCGUCGGCCAUACAAGUUGACAAUGAGAAUUCAUCAGAAAAUUACACUCAAACAUCUGAUACGGUUGCUUCAAAUUCAAGUGUUUCAGAGGAUAAUAGUAACUGUGGCACCAUUCAACAAUCGACUACGGCCAAUGUUGUCAUACAGAUAGCUCAACAACAAGCACAAUCGAUUCGAACAUCAGCAAGUAAUGGCAUACAUCGCGCAAUUGUAUCAUCAUCUCCAUCAACAAUCCAUCAUCAAAAUCAACCACAAUCCAGAAUACAAUAUCUCGAAAUACCAGCCGACAGUUUUCGAAUCACAACUGCUGGAUCUCACUUGCAAUCUAGUGGCGAAUCGACGACAACAUCUUCAACUACAACAAUUGGAGGUUCAAAUAUCCAACAAAAAUACAUUAAAAUUAAUCCAAGUUACCGAAUCGUUAAACAACAUCAAUCGUCAACGGUGAAUCUUAUACCUGUAUCGACUAUAACAACAUCUUCAUCUGGUAUUCCUCUCAACCAGCAAUUUGAAUUAUCUUCAUUGAUUUCAUCAGCCUCGAAACAAUUCUUAAAUACAUCAUCUUCGUCAGAAACUACGAUCACAUCCUCAUCUCCCUCCACGUUUCCCAUAGCCAUAUCAUCGGCAGGAUUGACAACUUCAUCUUCAUCGACAGUUACUGGAUCAAAUAAUACAACCACUCGUUUAAUAUCUAGAGUUCCAAUUAGUGAUGAUGGUCUUGGUGUUUGUAAGCGAUGUGGUAAUCUUGGUGUAAGAGAUACUUUCUAUGGUAAAGGCAAACAAUUCUGUUCUACACAAUGUGUUCGCGGUACACCACAAGCUAUCUCCAGCAAUCAUCAUCCUCUUCCCCAUCAAACGAAAACAUUGAAAAUUUUCAAAAUGUUACCAUCAGUGUCUACAACAACUACAAAUUCAUCAUCAGGUAUCAGUAUUGUCGAUGGUUCUGAACAACAACCAUCUCAGCCUGUGCUUAUGUUAGGAACAACUAGUACAUCUGGUGCUCAGAAUCUAAAAAGCUUAACAUCGAUUCAAAUUCCAGCUCAGCAAUCAUCGUCCGACUCGGGAAAAUCUUCAAUCAUCGCGGUUACUAGUACUGGAGGCGAGCAAGAUGCAUCAUCCUCUUCAACUCCAUCUUCGAAUAUGAAACCUCGAACGCUGAUCAUACGUCAGGGAACUCAAUUAAGUCAGCUGAAUCGAAGCGGUCAUCCUACGUUGAUCAAUCAGAAGCAAUUUGCUCAGCAUUUUGCUUCUGUUACAUCACAACAACAACAACAGCAACAAAGUUCAAUUCAAAUCGACCCAACUAAUGUCUCCAUUGCAACUAAUCCAACGUCUACAUUAAUCCAGCAUCAGCAACAAAGUUCUGUCGGUUCACCUACAUCUGCCAAAGGUAUAAAACGAAACUAUUCAAAGAUCGUAACCGUUUCUUCACCUGGUCAUCAAACAACUCAAACUACGACAACUGGCGGACAAAUUCAGUUACCAUCCAGUGGAACAUUAUUAGCUGUUCAAUUAAAUCAGAAUUUUACGAAUUCGAAUGGCCAAUCGCCAACAGCCCAAGUAUUGCAAGUUCCACAUCAGCCGAUGGUGAAAAGAAUCAAACGAAAUAGUGGCCAACAACAACAUUCCCAACAAAAUGGCCAACCAUUGCAAUCUAUCAAUUCAGCGACAAAACGAUCUCGUUCAAAAUCGAGUUCAUCUACGAUUCUCUCCACAUCAACCACAACUACACAAUCAUUUCUAUCGAUAGAUAACUCAAAUUCAUCAAUCAUUUCACAAAAUACGAUGGAUAGUUCAGAUUCAUCACAAAUGACGUCAAAUACACCUACUUCGACAUCGUUGAUCGCUGUUGAACAAACACAGAAUAAAUCUUCUCUGACACCCUUGUCCACAACUACGACCACUUCUUCCUCAUCAUCAUCAUCAAACAGUAUCCUAAUAAAUCAGCUGAAAAAACCGGUAGUGUUAGUUCAUAAUGGUUCUUGUGUAUCGACUAAUCAAAGUGCUACCACUCAAUCUUCAACAUUAGCAUCUACUUCUGCACAAUCUAUACAGACCAAUUCAUCCGGUCAAUUAUUUGUACAAUUGGCAUCCAUUCCAAACAGUAAUUUAUCAUCAAAUGCGUCUGCCACACCACCUAUUCAAAUACAAUCCCAAUUACGUGCUGCAUCGGCAUUACCAACAACGAUAUCUAACCAACAGUUGCAACAGUUUCUUCAACAAAAUAAUCUCCGGAUCCAUCAUCAACAAGUUAGCAGUUUACAUCCAGGUUCCACGGCUCAAAUCAUACCUAUUCGAAACGCUACAACAACCAAUACAUUAGCAACUAUUAAUCAGAAUAAUAACGGCCAAUCACAACAGUAUUUAGGACAAUCACCAGAUCUUUCUCGUGGCCCCACUCAUUUGCUUCAGAUUCAAACACCAAACCAAAUUCAAGUUCAAAGUUCUCAGAAUCAAUCAUCGGCUGCUGCGACAGUAUUGCAACCGAAUAAUCUGAUGAAUUUUACCUCUAGCAAUAAUAUUUCAAAACAAAUGUCCACUCCAGAAACUCGACCUGAACCGAAUUCUAUUUCCACGCUUCCGAUUCCACCAGUCAAACUUCAGCUACAACAACAGCAGCAAAUUGAAAAUGUGAUACCUGUUCUUUCCAGGCAUUCAAUACCAUCGGCAACAACUAAUCAUCAAGUUUCAAAGUCAGCGAUUACGAUUUCUCCACCACCACCUGAACCUAAGCCAAUCAGUCGAUUAGAACAAAUUAAAGCGUUGGAUGACGCAAUUGAAUCGGCAAUGCAAUCAUUGCCUUCUAAUCUAUUUCAGCGGCAAUCAGGAAUAGGAAAUCAAAAUGUCAUUGUAACAAAUUAUGUACAUAAUAUUUCUAACUCCACCUCUCAUUCGAAUCAUCUCCCUACGCAGCAUCAAACUUUACAUCAACAAAAUGCAUAUUAUCCACCAAUAUGGUGGUUAAUAUUUGAAAAAUACGGUUUCGAUCGUUGUGUUCCUGUAUGGGCAUUUCCUAACGCACCGUUAAAUCAUGAAUGGACACAAAUGUUUAGUUUUUUGCCCACAUCCUGUGAUGAUGAGCAACAAUCUAAAAAUAUUUAUGUAGAACUGAGAUUAUCUGAUCUUGAUCUAAAUGGUAAUCAGCCACAACCUUCAAAUGGUCUAGUUAGUGUUUUGAAUCAAACGCCUGGUACUCCACCGAAUAAAUCAAAAUCAAAAAAUAAAACAUCGACUUUCGAUUUCGCUACACCACAAUUAAAGAAUAACAAUAGCGCAAUACUGGAUGAAAAUAAAUUUUGGAUAGCUAAGAUUGUCGGCCACUCCGGUUAUUAUCUUCGAUUACGAUUUUUAGGACUUGAACAUUUGUCGAUUACUAAACAUGAUUUCUGGGCAAAUGUUCGGAUUCGUAACCUUUACCCAAUUGGGUAUGCCCAGAAAAGUAAUUACGAAUAUCGCGCCCCAUUUAUUGUUUGUGAUUUGAAUCCGAAUUAUGCUACUGAUGUACGGCGAUUUUUCUCUUCAAGAAACAAUGCUACAAUUGAAUUAGAUUUAUACACAUCUUUUUUGCAAAAAAUUGAGACUAAAUUAAAACCUGGACUAAAAGUGGAAGCAAUUGAUAAAACCCAUUUAUGUUGUUUUCGUGUGGCCACCAUUCAACAAGUGAUAGGACAACGAUGUUUUGUUCGCUAUGACGGAGAAGCACCAAAUGAUUGCAAUCCCGGCUGGUGGGCUCAUAUACAUUCAGAACAGAUUCGUCCAGUCGGUUGGUCCCAAUUAGUCGGACAUAAAUUGUUUGCCUCUCACGAUUAUGCAAAUAAGAGUUUGCGACUUGGAAUUCAGAAUAUUCGUAAUAAUAUCGAAUCAAAUAGAAAUAUACCAGAUUGGAACAGAAUGGGUGUGUUGAAAAAAUUCGAAUACAUCGAUGAAGAUAACUUGUUUCGAGAAGGAAUGAAAUUAGAAGUGGUUAACCCGAUGGAUCUUUCACAGAUAUGCGUAGCAACCGUUCGAAAAGUUUUGCGAUAUAAUUUUUUAGUACUUUCUAUAGAUGAGGCCAACUCUGACGCUCAAACACCUUUACAACGAUUACAAACAUCUCCUAUACGGUCUUCAUCACCAACCAGUUUAUUUGGGUCACAAUCAUCUGCAUCAACAUCACCUUUAGAACUUGAAGAACGAAUGUUUUGUUUACAUACUUCGUCUCCUUAUAUUUUACCGGCAGGUUUCUGUAAAAUGUUUAACAUUUCUUUACAAACACCUUCAGGCUAUAAACGUGACUUCGAUUGGGUGGAAUAUUGCCAACACACAAAUUCUUUAAUGGCACCAACAAAUUUAUUUAGCUAUAAACAAUUCAUCACUGAUGAUUCAGAAAAUGAUUUUCAUAACGUCUGUCUAUCUCGAUCUUUCGAAGAAGGUAUGCUUCUUGAAGCUGUCGAUAUGGUUGAACCGAAUCUGAUUUGUUUGGCCGUCAUUAAACGUCGCUGUGGUCGUCUUUUGUUGCUUCAUUUUAUCGGUUGGGCUGAUCAUUUUGAUCAAUGGUGUGAUUGUUGUUCCCCAAAUAUAUUUCCGGUUGGCUACUGUGAUCUGGUCGAAUAUCCACUCCAAGGUCCGCCAUCACCACAGACCAGUUCAAAUGGAGGUGGUAGUAAGAAAAAACGACAGAACAGCCAAGCAUAUGUUAACUUCAAUAAUCGUAGAAAAAACACUAAAAAGUCUCUUAUGAUGACAUCUCCUUCGAAAUCGCCGCUAUCAAAAUAUUCAUAUCAACAACAAUUAUCUGUGGAAACGAUUAUCAACGAUGAUUCUAUGCAAUCAUCAUCGCAUGAUUCAAUACCAAAAAGUAUUGUGGGAGAAGUUGAUGAUUAUAAAGUAUUUUCCAAUGAUGAUUUUGAUGAAUCGCCAUUGAUUCGAAAUGCAAGUCUCAUCUCAUUAUCACCAAAUUUAUCGGAUCACGAAGAUUUAGUCGAAGAGGAAGAAACUGACAUAUGGACUCAGAUCGCAGAUCGUGAACGUUCAGAAUUGUAUAAUUUCCUCUCAUGGAAUGAAGAGAUCACAAAUGGUGGCCGUUUUGAUUAUCACAAUAAAUUCACAAUUUCUUUACCAGCCGAUUUGAGUGAUUCAACGGGUUCACAUUUUUGUUUCAAAGAUCCAUUGUUAAAGCAGAAACUUUUGCGGCUGAAAUUAGAAAAUGAUAAAUAUAGUUUCGAUAUCCAGUGGAAAUCAGAUAAAACAAACAAUCGAUUAUGCAAUAAUGACGGUGAUGAUGAUUCAAAAUGUGUUCAAGUGUUUGAUUCCUACCAUUAUUUCGAUCCUGAUGAUGUUCAUGAUGGACCGGAUGGAACACAAGAUUUACGAAUGUUACCACAUUGGUCACCGAAACAAGUCAGUAAAUUUUUUUAUAGAAAUGGAUAUAGUGAACUUUGUGAUUCCAUAUUAGCAUAUAAAAUUGAUGGCAAAAGAUUAUUAUCAUUGAGCAAGCAUCAAGCAAUGCAAAUGUCAUUGACAUCAUCGGCUACUAAUCGUUUGUUGGCAUUCAUUGAGUGUAUACGUAAAAGAUUAAUGGUAAUUCACCAUCCAUAUGGUGGCAGUCUUAAUCAACAUGCUAAUUCUUCAUCAUCGACAGCAACAAUGGCCGCAUCAUCAAGUUCUUAUUAUCGAUAAAAAUGGAAAAAAUGAUCGACAUUAAACUUCAUCAUUUCUAAUGUGUUCAUUGAAUCCUCAUUCAUUUUUGAUUUUCCCAUCUUAUUUUUGUUUUGUAAAAAUUAUUAAUAUA